AGGUUAAAAUCGGGGUCAACGGGGCGAAAGAUAACAAAAAUUCUGACACGAAACCACGACUAUAAAUAUGCGGUUUGUGCAAUUUUUGCAAAAUGGCAGGCAAUAUAUUGGAUUGGAACUUAAACAAGGAGGUGAUCUGAUUAACUUGCACCAGGCGGACGCAAAUAUUCCCUCUGAUUUGCGUACUUUUAUUGAGGCUGGAAAUGACCUGUGGAAAACUGCUGGAAGUCUGUCUGUGAGGACUGACUGCAUUGUGAAGAGAGAUAGUGUGAAAUUACUAGCUCCUGUAACAUCAUGUGACAAAGUUUUAUGUAUCGGAAUGAAUUACAUAGACCAUUGUGAGGAACAGAAUGCUCCAGUUCCAAUAGAACCAGUGAUCUUCAACAAGUUCCCAAGUUGUAUAAUUGGACCAAACGAUAACCUAACAUAUCCUAAAGAGACAGAGUGUCUGGACUGGGAGGUGGAAAUGGUUAUAGUCAUUGGAAAGGAAGCCAAGAAUGUAAAGGUAGAUGAUGCAAUGCAGUAUGUGUUUGGUUAUACUGUAGCAAAUGAUGUGAGUGCACGGGACUGGCAGUUGACACCUGGGAAGAAUGGUGGUCAGUGGGUUAUAGGAAAGGCUAUGGAUGAGUUCUGUCCCCUUGGACCAUCCAUUGUUACCCCCGAUGAAUUAGGAGAUCCACAUAACCUUGGUUUGAGAUGUAGAGUGAAUGGGGUCACAAAACAGGACAGUAACACAAAUCAGCUGGUACACAAAACUGAACAGAUGAUAGCAUUUAUUACAAGGUUUAUGACUCUGAAACCUGGGGAUCUCAUUUUGACUGGUACACCUCCAGGUGUUGGUUGCUUUAGAAAACCACCAGAGUAUCUCAAGAGAGGUGAUGUGGUAGAAGUUGAGAUAGACAAGAUUGGAACUGUUGUCACAAAGAUCAUCUGAGAAUUAUGUGGCUAUAUACACAGGGACAUUCCUAUAAAAACAUAUUUGAGCCGUGCCAUGAGAAAACCAACAUAGUGGCUUUGCGACCAGCAUGGAUCCAGACCAGCCUGCACAUCCGUGCAGUCUGGUCAGGAUCCAUGUUUUUCACUUUCAAAGCCUAUUGCAAUUAGAGAAACCGUUAGCGAACAGCAUGGAUGUGCAGGCUGAUCUGGAUCCAUGCUGGUCGCAAAGCCACUAUGUUGGUUUUAUCAUGGCGUGGCUCUUUUUAGCCAUUGACUCAGUUUAUUGUCAAAAUUCAUUAGUGUCUACAUCACAGUAUGAUUCCUUAGUUCAGAAUUACCAAACUAUGAGAAAACACAUGAAAUUAAGUAUUUUAGAAAGAAAGAAAUAACAAAAAAGCUCACCGAUAUGGUGUCGCCUCUUCCCCAACUGACCCAUUGUCAUACUGUAUCAUUGUAUUAUGUAUUUAACCAGUUAACAAGAUAGACCAUCAGUUACAUUGUUUUGGAUUAAGUGGAUCAAACAGUUAACCUUCACCCUGCUAAAUUUUUAUAAUGGACUGGUCCAUCAUUCAAUUUGGGCAGUACCAUUUAUCAUUUGAAGGUUUUUUUUACUGAAAAUGUACUGACUGAAUAGCGAGCAGUGCAGACCAUGAUCAGACUGCACGGAUGUGCAGGCUGAUCUUGGUCUGCACUGAUCGCAAAGGCAGAUUCACUUGCCACAGCAGGCUCAAGGUUAUACAGGAGAUUUUUUGUUAAUUGCCGCUUUAUUAUUCAAGAUAUACACUGUUCUAAACAUAUCCAAGAGUGGUUGUAGGAUCUUUUUGAACUUUUGAAAUAUAUCAAUUGAUGUAAAUUUUAUAAGCAAAAAGUAUUUUCCCCACUGUAAAAAUAUAAGAGUUCUUGCUUUUACGUUAACUAAGUUAUUCUGAAGUUUUUGACAAUCUAUUCUCAGAUAAAAUUGAAUUGAUCUUUUUUUUUUAAAUUUAGUGUCAAAAAUGACUAGAAUUUAUAAUGGAAAAAAAAAAACAACAUCAAUUUUGUUUUACAAUAAUCAAGAUAUUUUGAAUAUAUUUAAAGUUCAUAUCACUACUCUCAGAGUUCUUUGGAACAUUGUGUAAUAUCAGUCGUAUUGUCUUAUGUAUAAAAUUCAAGAAAAAAACCUUGUUACGGAAAAAGAUGGAGAAAGCUAUUGUUAGUAAAUAAUAUAUAUACAAGGCUGUAUGAUUUUGUAAAUGAUUAUCAUGAAGCAUUAGGCCUAAAAAAUGUUUGUUUUCGGUAUCCUGACCUACCCUAAAUUUUUUGCCCAACCCUGAAUUUUUUCAUGGCCUUGGAGAAGUUUUUUUUCAACUUUUUAACAAAAAGUUGCAAAACUGCACUUUUUAUGCUUUAAACAUGGUCAGUGAUGUUAUAAAUCAAUUUACUGAUGCUCUAAAGGCAUAAACCCCUCAUUUGUUAUCAUUUUCUACACAAAAAUAAUUUCCGGAAAGUCCCUCUUAAAAAAAUUCCAAAAUAUAAAAUUUACCGACCUACUUGCCUACCCUAUUUUUUUUUUGAGCAGGUUACCGGAAACAAACAAUCUUUUUUUAGGCCUUAUAUCAAAUAUAUGGAUCAUUCCAUGACAAAAUCUGUAGUUUUGUUAUCAUUUCCAUAUCAAAAAAAUAGUUUAAAUCGCUUAUCCUGCUAAAUUUAUAUAAUGAACUUGUCAUUUGGAUGGUACCAUUAAUGUUAAAAGGGGUGCAUACCAAAAAGAUACUGACUGAAUGGGGAACAGUGCAGAUCAUGAUCAGACUGCAUGGAUGUGCAGGCUGAUCAUGAUCUGUACUGGUUGCAAAGGCAGAAUCGAUCGUGUCCAGCAUGGUAAGGGUUAAAAUGCUUGAAAAUCAUUGUUUUUGUAGUGUUGGUGCAGAAACUAGUUUAUUGUUAAUUCAUUGUUCAAGACAUAGCAGAUUAUACAAUAUUUUACAAAUAAAUGUUAUGUGAGUUUUUUUUUUUAACUGAAAUUGAAAAUAAACCAUACACCAUGAGUAAACAGAGGUUUAUAAUUUAAAAGGUCCUUGAUGAAACCAAAAAUACAUGACUUAAUUAUUUUCAGUAAAUGGUAAACACCACUAUUAAAAUCUAGCUGUUCUUUGAUUCAGAUGAAAUACACCGGUUUAAUAUCAUUAUUUUGACAUUUUCUAGUUUAUCAGAUUUUCAGAGACUUAUAUCUCCAUAAAGAAAUAUGAACUAUUAGAAAAUGAGGUGUUAUCAUUUUUAUAAGAAAGAUACAAUUCAUUUCAUAUAUUCAGUUAUUAUUCACCCUUUUUGCUUCUUUCAGUGUCUCUUUUUGAGACAUAAACUUUUUAUGCCGUCUUUUUUAUUUAGCAUGUGAUAUGAGCAUACAGAUUUCAAAACCAUACUUUCAGUACAUACUGAAAUGCAGUAGGGUAAAAAGAAAACACAUUGCUUUUGAGAAAUGGCACAAGUAAGGGAAGAAAGAUUCUGCCUAUUUAUAUUUGGACUACUAGACCUGCAUAGGCUUACAUUUAAUUUGGUAGUGUUCAGCCUAAAAUGUUUCUGAACAGUCUCAAAAUCUUUAAGUAUAUGAUAUCAGUUUAGUGAUAUUCAGUAUUUGUUGCAUAAGUGACAAGCAAUAUGCCAGCCAUGAAUGAUAAUGCCAUUUCCAUGUCUGCGUUGUACUGUUUUCAAUGCAUUUCUGUCUCUUAAACACAUUAACUUGCUUAAAAGCACUGUAAGUUGUGAAAUAGUGAAGAGAACUUUUCACAUUCGAAAGGCAAAAACAAUGUUAUUCAUGAAUAUUCCAUUACCUGAAUUUUGAUUUUUUGUCACUUAUACAUUUUUUGUCAUGGAGUGGCCCAUAUAAUUAUCUGAUUUUAUAAUUAUUCAAAUGAUAACAUAUUUAAACAGGUGCUGGUCACUAUUCUAUUCAGGGAUAUUUGUAUUGUAUAUAUAGAUUAAUUGUACAUGAUUUAAUAAAGUCAUUGAAUUUCAA